ACAUAUUUCCCAGUUUUUGGAAGAAUAUGUUUGAAAAUAUCCCCAGAUAACAAAGGAGAAGGGGAAGGACCCGAACGAUCCUCCCGUUGAGUAGGCGGGUUACUUAGCAACAGCCUAGAGAUAAUGGAAUAAUAGUUUUUUUUAAAAAAAAGACUGGCUGCAACCUUUACUUUAAAAAAGAAAGAAACAUUUAAUUUUGUUUGUAUUGAUUAAAUUUGACAGUUUGGGCUUCUGACGUCAAGGCUGGCGUCAUGCGCUCGGGGAUACCCGAGUUUGGGGGGGAGAGAGAAAAAAGUCAAACCUCGUGGGGGAGGGUGAAGAUUGUUCGAGAUUAGGCAUAGGAACUCUCGCGGGAAGUAGCUAUAGAAACCGAGCCGCUUUCUCUCACGGUGGAAAACGGCAGAGAAGCUCUUUUCUUGGGGAGGUUAUUUUUGGGGGGGAGGGUGCGGUUAGGAGACUGGCGCCUUUAGUUUCAUCGAGGUUCAGAACACCUGUCCUAGGAGAGGCCUACUUCCUUUCUCCUGACUCCGAGUUCUCUUUGGUAAGUUCUUCCCAUAUAGACUUUCACUUUGGACAGGUAAGGAGGGGAAAAGUGAGCCGGAGGUAAAGAGACUCAAAGGCGAGUGAUGAGAGACUGCAACGCGGGUCGCUUUAUUGACAAGGUCUCGUUGAGUUGUCUUGGCCCUUCGGAGAAUCCUGCAAAGGACAGGAUUAUUGCCAUUCCUGGUCAUUGCUUGUCAGGGAAGGGGUUAACCACGACCAGACCUUCCCUCCGCCAGAUCUAUCUACGAUACCAGAAACUGGAUAAGUGUAAGUAUCCGAAGUGAUGCCUGUCACUUUCACAUUGUAACAUAUGCAAUCAAGACAACAUUUCUUCAUCCAUGAAUCUGCUGGCUUAUCAGCACAGAAAAUAAAGUCCAAAUGAGGUUAAAGAUAUCACUGCUAAAAGAACCAAAACAUAAGGAAUUAGUUAGCUGUGUGGGCUGGACAACAGCAGAUGAACUGUAUUCAUGCAGCGAUGAUCACCAGAUUAUAAAAUGGAACUUGUUAAAUGGAGAAACAGCACAAGUUGUCAAGCUUCCUGAUGAUAUCUAUCCUUUGGAUCUUCACUGGUUUCCUAAAAGUUUAGGUGGAAAGAGACAAACCCAUGCUGAGAAUUUUGUACUUACAAGUUCUGAUGGUAAGUUUCAUUUGAUUUCUAAAACUGGAAGAGUUGAAAAAAGUGUAGAAGCCCACUGCGGAGCUGUACUUGCAGGAAGAUGGAAUUAUGAAGGUACCGCACUUGUUACAGUUGGUGAAGAUGGACAAAUAAAAAUUUGGUCCAAGAGUGGAAUGCUAAGAUCCACAUUAGUACAACAAGGAACACCUAUAUAUUCAGUAGCAUGGGGUCCAGAUUCUGAAAAGAUUCUUUACACAUCAGGAAAACAGCUAAUUAUCAAACCACUUCAGCCAAAUGCUAAAGUUUUACAGUGGAAAGCUCAUGAUGGAAUUAUUCUAAAAGUCGAUUGGAAUUCUGUCAAUGAUCUUAUUUUGUCAGCUGGGGAAGACUGUAAAUAUAAGGUAUGGGAUAGCUAUGGUCGUCUGCUGUAUAGCUCAUUGUCCCAUGAAUAUCCUGUCACUUCUGUUGCUUGGGCUUUGGAUGGGGAAUUAUUUGCUGUUGGAUCCUUUCACACUUUACGACUUUGUGAUAAAACAGGGUGGUCCUAUGCUUUAGAGAAGCCAAACACUGGCAGCAUAUUCAAUAUUGCUUGGUCUACUGAUGGUACACAAUUAGCUGGGGCUUGUGGAAACGGACAUGUGAUUUUUGCCCAUGUUGUGGAACAGCGCUGGGUAUGGAAAAACUUUGGAAUAACAUUAACUAAGAGAAGAACCAUGGAGGUUCGUAAUGUACUUAAUGAUGCAGUGGAUUUGCUGGAAUUUCGUGACAGAGUCAUUAAAGCAUCUUUGAAUUUUGGUCAUUUAGUAGUUUCAACAUCUCUCCAGUGUUACAUAUUCUCAGUUAAAAACUGGAAUACACCUUUAAUCUUUGACCUCAAAGAAGGAACUGUCAGUUUAAUUUUACAAGCAGAAAGGCAUUUUGUUCUUGUUGAUGGUGGAGGAAUCUACUUAUAUUCCUAUGAGGGACGUUUAAUUUCCUCUCCAAAGUUUCCAGGCAUGAGGACUGACAUACUGAAUGGCCAAACUGUAUCCUUGAGUAGUGAUACUUUAGCUAUAAGGGACAAAUCUGAUGAAAAAGUUAUUGAUCUGUUUGAACCUUUAUCUGGCAAACCAUUAGGAGAUGGAAAACCUCUUAGUCAUAAGACAGAAAUUGUGGAAAUUGCCUUAGAUCAGAAGGGUCUUACAAAUGAAAGGAAAAUUGCUUUUAUUGACAAAAAUAGAGAUCUUUAUAUAACUUCCGUGAAGAGAUUUGGAAAAGAACAGAAAAUUAUCAAAAUAGGAACAAUGGUGCAUACUCUGGCAUGGAAUGACACAUGCAACAUACUAUGUGGUCUGCAGGAUACACGUUUCACAGUCUGGUACUACCCCAAUGUAGUGUAUGUAGACAAGGAUCUCUUGCCAAAAACACUCUAUGAAAAGGAUGCAAGUGAAUUUAGUAAAAGUCCCCAGAUCUUAAGUUUUGUUGGCAAUCAGGUAACAAUUAGAAGAGCUGAUGGUUCACUUAUUCACAUCAGUAUUUCACCAUAUCCAGCUAUUCUUCAUGAAUAUGUGAACAAUUUGAAAUGGGAAGAUGCCAUCAGAUUGUGUCGCUUUGUCAAGGAUCAAACAUUAUGGGCUUGUUUAGCUUCUAUGGCAAUAGCCAAUAAAGAUAUGAACACAGCAGAAAUAGCCUAUGCAUCAGUUGGCGAGAUUGAUAAAGUUCAGUAUAUCAGUUCCAUCAAAGAUCUUCCAUCAAAGGAAUCAAGAAUGGCUCAUAUUCUGCUUUUUAGUGGAAAUGUCCAGGAUGCUGAAACUUUGCUUCUGCAAGCUGGGCUUAUUUACCAGGCAAUUCAAGUUAAUAUUAAUCUAUACAACUGGGAAAGAGCACUAGAACUUGCUGUGAAACACAAGACGCACGUUGACACAGUGCUGGCUUACCGACAAAAGUACUUGGAUGACUUCAGUAAAAAAGAAACGAAUCAGCGAUUUUUGCAAUAUGCAGAAAGGCUUGAUGUUAACUGGGAUAAAAUCAAAGCUAAAAUUGAAUUGGAAAUUGCAAAAGAACGAGAACGAGCUACUGCUACUCCAACAGUCAGAGGAAGCAUGAUCAUUCAGCGCUAAGAGUUGUAUUGGUUUUAUGAAAUAUGAACUUUGUAUAUGUAAUUCAGCAUACUAAGUUACUGAUAAUAUUUAUAUAUAAUGCUUAGUUUUUUUAGUUAGUUUAGAAAAUGAAUUUGUAUGUAUGUAACCUGCUGGAAUGAUAAAUGUUUUUGUUAUAAUGUUUAUAUUAUAACGAAUAGAUUUCUAAUACUAUAUGUAAUGUUACCAUUAAAUCUGUCACAUAAUCAAAUGAUCAGCUAUUCUGAUUACCAACAGGCUAUUCUUGUUCAGCAUGAAUUCUGAGAAUACAUUUGCUUAUUACAUGUAGGAAUUUUACAAUUAGUUUUUUUUAAUGAAAUAUAUGGUAAAAACAUUUUCAGAAAAUAUUCACAAGUUAGUAUAUCCAAUCAUCUUUUGUCCAGAUCUCCAUGUUUAUUUGUUUAUUUAUA